AUGCGACGUCCAACAGCUGUCGAGUUGGCCUCUCUAUUUCUCUUGUUGUUAGUAUUGACACUAAUAACAACACCAUUCGUGCACACACAGUCGUGCCCACAUACAGCCGCUGGUCUCAUCAACUUUUCAACACUCUCUGGUUGGAAUGUGGCUGGUUCUGAUAUUGUCAUUUCAUCGGGACAAAAUGUGUUGGUUGAUCAAACAAGCUCAGCAGUGUUACGUUCCAUCGUUGUUCAAAAUAAUGCCAAGCUUAUAUUCUCCGAUUUGAAUUUAAAUUUAAAUAUUGAAUAUAUUCGAGUCGAUAAUGGUGGAAGCUUUAUUAUGGGAGAUGAAACAUGUCCACUCCAAAAUAAGAUUGUCGUGACAUUUUAUGGAGCUCGCACCACGAGCAAUGUCAUUGGUUCAGAUCCUGCUGAUAAUACAGAAACUGGUUACAAGGGAAUGGUAUUCAUGACUGGAUCUAGUGUCAAAAUUCAUGGUCGAGUCUACACUCCUACUUGGACUGUGUUACAAUCGACUGCUCAAAAAGGAACAACGACCAUUACUGUGAAUCAAUCGACUCAAUGGAAAGUUGGAGAUAAACUUGUCAUUGCCAACACUGACUUUUCUGAUUUGUAUCAUUGGAAUGAUAAUGUUCCAGAUUCUCUCAAAUGGAAACAAGGUUUCAGAUUUUUAGAUCAAAAUGAAGUGAGAACGAUCGUUCAAGUUGUGAAUUCUCAAACUUUUGUGUUAAAUGCUCCAUUGAAUUAUACUCACUUUGCUGAGGGUGAUAUACGUGCUGAAGUAGGAGUUUUAAAUCGAAAUAUUAUAUUCCAAGGAGAUGCCUCGAGUGAAAGUAGUCAAUUUGGAGGACAUAUCAUGUUUAGACCUGGACUUGUGAUGCAAAUUAGAGGUGUGGAAAUUACUAAAAUGGGUAAUGCAGGUAUUUUGGGAAGAUAUCCCAUGCACUUCCAUGUGUUUGGAGAACAUGCAUUCAAGAUGGGAAGCGCUAAUUUUUAUUUGAAAGAUUCUUCCAUUCAUGACACUUAUCAGAGAUGUGUCGUGGUUCAUGACACCAAUGGAGUGACGAUUGAAGGUAAUAUUUGUUGGAAUACGAAGGGACAUCAAUAUUUCCUUGAGGAUGGUGUUGAAAUGGGAAAUACUUUCAAACGUAAUUUGGGAAUUAAUCCAAUUCCAGUAGCUUCAGAAGACUCGUAUCAAUUAAUCAAAUCUGAUUCUGAACCUGCAGUUUUUUGGAUUACUAAUCCAAAUAAUACUUGGAUUCAAAAUGCAGCAGUUGGAGGUAAAUGGAGUUAUUGGUUCACCAUGCCAAAAGAUGCCACUGGUGUUUCUUCUGCCAAAUAUGGAAAAGACAAUUAUUACAUUCGUCCAAGAAAUCAACCAUUGGGUCUAUUUUCAGACAAUGUUGGUCACAGCUGUGGUAGAAACAGUCUUCAUAUUGAUGACAUGGUCAAGCCAGACACCACGACUGAAAUGGCCUCUUACGUUCCCGUUCAGGGACCUUACGAAUAUCCUGCAGGAGUAUGGUAUCCAGCAGUUUAUGUGAAUGCACUCUUCUCGAACUAUAUUUCUUACAAGAAUAGAGGUUAUGGAGUUUGGAGUCGAUCUGGUCAUUUGAAAUUCAGUAACAUGCGUCUCUAUGAUAACAUGAACGGAAUGAAUGCUCCUCCCUCUGGUCCUGUACUUGUGGAAAAUAGUUUAAUUGUCGGAGAGACCAAUAAUGUUGGAGAAAUUUUCUCGACACGAAGUAGUGUCGAUGUGGGAGGUCGUUCGAGGCCUGGACUUUGGGAAGCGAAAGAAGUGAUCAAAGGAUUUGAACAUUAUGAUAAUGGAGGUCCACAAAUUGUGUCCAAUGUGACAUUUAGAAAUUUCCAAACCAAUAGUUAUAGACCUGCAGGUGCAUUAUCUGGUUUAUCAUUCGGUCCUUUCAAACAUCAAACAAGAAAUAGAUUGAUCGAUCUCAAAUUUGAAAAUGCCAAUGUUUAUUAUCAACUCCCAUCCUUCUAUGACAAUCACAAAGGUUCUGCCAUUGCAGACAUUGACGGUUCAUCCACAGGUUACAAAGCAGGUGGUUGGAUUGUUUCCAAUGACUCUCUGGUUUCAUUUGGUGCAUGUGAAGGUCAAACCUCAUGGAAUGGUUACAAGUGUCCAGCAUUCCCUGAAAGUUAUGGACAAUUAAUUGUGAACAACAAUGUUUUUACAACAAGUUCCAAUCAGGGAGCUAAUGGUGUCAAUUAUCCUGACUUGUCAGAUCCUUCCAAACGUGUUCCUAGAAUGAAAGUCAUUGAUUUGACAAGAAAUAAGGACAGUGAAGUGAUUGGAGCUGUUUUGAGUUCAUCUUCAAGUUUGUCUCUUUAUAGUAAUGUUAUUAUGAGAAAUUUCUAUACAUUGCGUUGGUCAUUUAACACUCCAACUCCAAGUGAUUUGAGUAUUGAAUUGAAUUCUAAUGCACAUAGCGAUUGGAUUAUUUUGUCCAUUCAAUAUCCUACGACUGCAACACUUCAAGUCAAUUCAUUGACAUGGGGUACCAAUUCCAAACCUUUGACAGCUGGCAGUUCCAUUCAACAAGUCAUGGAUUCCUAUGAUGGAAGUGUUUAUUAUUAUGACUCGAAUACUCAACACUUGUACAUCAAACUCAUUAACAGAGCUGGUAAUAAUGCCUAUGAAGAAUAUUAUGGUUUUGUCGAUUACAGUUAUGAUGGUCGAUCCAUUCGAAUUAUUGCCACAUGUCCAAAUAAUGCAUGUGCUCCUUCGAAAUUCGAUCUUCCUACAGAUGCACCCAACAUGUUGAAACGUUAUUCGAGAGAUGAAAGAUAUGCUGGAGUGUUGCAAACAUGUCAACAAAAUCCAACUGUGAAUUCUCCUGGAAAUGGUUAUGUUUUUGCAAUGGUCAAUACUUUGACAAGAACGAUUGAUUUUAGUGUUUAUCAUGAUUUGACAAAAAUUGCUACCAAGAUUGAAGUGGGUAUUGGUCAACCAGGAAAUGAACAACGAAUCUUACAACGAGAUUUCAAGAUUAGUCCAUAUUCCAUUUCUCGUUUCACAUAUUCUUAUUCCUAUGAUGAAUAUACUUCAUUAGUGAAAGGUGAAAUGUUUGUCAAGCUUUCUACAUCCAUCAAUCCAAAUGGACAUUUAAGAGCUCAACUCUAUUGUAACAAUGGAAAGAAGAAUAAUGCUCCAACAUGUUCUCUUCCUCCUUCGAUUCCAAAAGCUCAACCUUGUGACGUUGUGAAUGAUUCAAUUUCAAUAUUUUCUGAAUCGAGUGACAUUACUGGAUGGCCUCAUUGGGCAAUGUUCAAUUGGACAAGUAACGUGGAUACAAAACCAACCUAUUUCAAUUAUCAAUAUUCAGCAUCUCCAAUUUGUGGAAAGACUUCAUUAUUGUUUGGAUCACAAAGAGGUGGAUUACAAAUUUACAAAUUUUCAGCUGCUCAAAGUCCAUUCCCAUCUGUCGAUACGAGUGUUUACAAAUAUUUUGAAUUUUAUGCAAGAGCAUUGAGUGGAGGACCAUUGAGUUUGUCAGUUUCAUUUUCAGAAAAUAAGAAUUCACAAACGACUCAAAUUGGACAAACUUCAACAUCGACGACACAACAAGUUCAACAUUUUGUUAUUGAUGAUACUCGUGCCACACGUGUGAGAAUUCCAUUGGCAUCUCUUGGUAUUCAAGGAACAUUUAAUCUUCAAGUUAUUACGUUUGGAAUUGAUCAAGAUUGGGCAACUGCAAAAUUCAGAGAGGUUAUUCUUGAUAAUUUGAGAUUUGUGAAAGAUGCAAAUGAUGAAUCCGUAUCGAGUGGAUUGACUUCAGCAAAUAUUGCCUAUUUUGGACCUGUUUGUUCUGGACAAACAACAUUGGCGAAUCCAGAUGCAGAUCCAAUGUCUGUUACAACAACAAUCAUCCCAGAGGUUCCACCAGCCUCAUCUUCCACAAAGAAUGGCCCUCCUAGAACAAGUGUGAAUCAAGCAACAACAACCAUGUUCAGAUUGGAUUUCGCAAUGAUUGUUGUGCUGAUGUUGGUGAGUGUGAUCAUGCAUCUCAUUCAAUAG